AUGUGUAUCCAAUAUGCAACUAAAUCUAUUGAAUAUGGAAAAAAGAAAUGUUCAAUUUUGUUGCAAAAUGAAAAUGGUCCCUGUGCACUUAUAGCAUUAGUUAAUGUACUUCUCCUAGAAACCCAAUUUGAAAAUGAAACUGAGGAUCUAAAGACUUUAGUGAAAGAUUCAAAAAAGGUACAGCAACAUGAAUUAUUGGAAGUCAUUGCAUCUAUUGCACUACAUAUCACAAAAAGCAAAACUAAACAUGACUAUAUAGAUACUAGCAUUUCAAAGGAAGAAUCUGAUAUGUCUAAAUUGUUAACUUUGUUGCCAAAUUUAAAUACAGGUUUAAACGUCAACCCUAUCUUCGAUGGAACGUUCGAGGAUUCAGCGGAACUUUCACUUUUUAGAUUAUUUGGUGUACGUUUGGUACAUGGAUGGAUAAUAGGAAAUGGUCAAGAUGAGAACAGUGAGCUCUAUAAACUAUCUUAUGAUGAGGCUCUUAAUAUGUAUGCACAUGCAGACGAAAUAUCGAACAAUAAAGGAUAUCAGGACAAUGUAAAUGAAACUUGUAUAUUCGAAAAAUCUGACAAAUUAAAGUCUUUUCUUAAUGAUUCGUCAACACAAUUAACUUCUGACGGUAUUUGUCAUCUACAAAAGAUACUCCCGAACAACACCCUAAGUGUACUGUUUAGAAAUGAUCAUUUUGCAACACUACUAAAGAGGGAUGAUAUAUUAUAUACUUUAGUUACUGAUUUAGGGUAUAAGAUGCAGUCUACUAUUAUUUGGGAGUCACUAAUAUCAACUGAUAGUUCUUUAAAUGAUUUUUAUGAUAGUGAUUUCAUGGAGAAUUUACCAAUCCACGAAGAUAUAUUAACUGGGAAAGAAAUAAUCAGUGAUAAUAAUGAAAUGACAUCUAUUGAUAGGAAAAUGGCCUUACAAUUACAGGAAGAGGAAGACAGAAAAAUGGCAAAAUCGAUGAGUAAGAUUGUUGAUCAGAAACAUGUCCAGCUAAAAACGAAACAAACAAACAAACAACAUCAUAAAAAGACCCUUAAUAGUGAACGCAAAAAAAAAAUGUCUUCACAGCCAAAAUCACAAAAUAUAUCUCCAUCUCAGAAUAGUAGCACCAGCUCAAAAAGAAAAUCUAACAGUACCUGUGUGAUUAUGUGA